AUGUCUGAUUCUGAAGGUGAAACAUAUGAAAAACAAGUUAAAAUUGUGCUUGUUGGUGAUGGUAGUUCUGGAAAGACAUCAAUUUCUGAACGAUUUUCAAAAGAUGCAUUCAACCGUGAUUAUAAUCAAACAUUAGGAAUUGAUUAUUAUUUAAAACGAAUUAAUUUAACAAAAUCAUAUAAUGUUACAUUAGCUGUCAAUGAUGUCGGUGGACAAACAUUAGGUGGUGCAAUGUUAGAUAAAUAUAUCUUUGGAGCAGAUAUUGUUUUACUUGUUUAUGAUAUUACAAAUCUACAGAGUUUCGAGAAUCUAGAAGAUUGGUAUCAUACAGUUAUUAAAUAUUGUGCUAGUCGAAAACCGUUAUUUGCACUUGUUGGAAAUAAAAGUGAUCUUGAACACUUACGUGCGGUGAAAGCAGAGAAACAUCAACGUUUUGCUAAAGAUCGAGAUAUGUUAUCAUAUUUUGCUUCGGCUAAAACUGGUGAAUCUGUAGAAAAUUUAUUUCGUCAAGUCACAGCUCAUUUAAUGCAUAUUGUUCUACCGAAAAAUGAUUCUGAAGCCACACGAAUAAUAACAGCACCGAUUGUACGUCAAGAACCAACUGCUCCCGCAAUACCUAUUAAAUCUCCACCAACAACAAAUACUACACGUACAUCAAUUUGCAAUCUUCAAUAA